UCAGAACUCGCAACGACCUAUGCUGCCCUCAUCCUUGCCGAUGACGGCAUCGAGAUCACGGCAGACAAGCUCACUGCGCUCGUUCAGGCGGCAAAGGUCGAUGUCGAGCCCAUCUGGUGCACUCUGCUCGCAAAGGCGCUAGAAGGCAAGGACGUCAAGGACAUGCUGUCCAACGUUGGCGCGGGAGGUGCUGCUGCGCCUGCUGCUGCCGGUGCCGCACCUGCUGCCGCGGGUGGUGCCGCUGCU